AUGGCCGCUCAGAAACCAAAGAGGACCCGCGAAACUCGACCUCUGCCUGCACGGGCGAACUUACAGGUCGCCCUCCCGGUGGCGCCACCGACGGCGCAACAAACGAACGCGCGCAAGAAGAAGAAGAAACGGGGAAAGGGAAAGGAAAUCGCAGACCAAGAACCGCAUUCCGAAGACGAAGAAGAGUACGGCAUGCCCGACUUCGCCUACCUCCCAGAGCCACCGUCGCCGACGUCGCUUUCCGCGUCAAUGGCGGCCAUGGCGAAGCUCGGACCACCCAGCGCUGCAGAAGCGGAGCUGUUGGCGACGGCCGGACACCUCGCGCGGAGCAUCGAGACGGACCCGAAGGGGUUGCAGGACGACGAAUACUGGGCGUCGUUUCCGGAGCACCUGCGCACCUUUACGCAGGCGAUGUACACGAUAGCACAGCAGAUCCACUCGGGCGCGGGCACUGGCGGUGCGAAGAUGGCGGCGCGCGGGGCAUUCGACCCUUCGAUCUUUACGGACCCUUCGUUUACGCUGGCGAUGGAACAGGCGGCGGCGGCAGCGGCGACAGCGACAGCAGAGGGUCAAAGAUUGCGGCCUGGAGAAGUGGUGCUGGUCGAGGAAGAGGUAGACGAGGUUGAGUACGAGGAGGACGAGGAGUACAGCGAGCAGGAGCCUGAGGAGGUGCCAGUGCCGGUGGCAGAGGAGACGCCACCGAGGCCGGAUGAGGCACGGGCAGCGGGCCGCGGCCGGCCGGGAGCGGGCGCGGUGACAAAUCUUGCAGCCAGCGUCGCGGCGAGUGUUUCUGUCUCUGCCCGUAUGCCUGCCGUGCGACCUCCGACCGCUGCCAAUCCUGCCCCGAGCUCUCGUGCGGCGGGCAAGCAGCCCAUGUCUUACGCCGCACCCACGCCUGCAACCAACCCACCCCCUUCCAGCCGUCGCGCGGCCUCGAAAGCCCCGAUCUCCUCUCACCCGUACCAGCACAAUCACGCCCAUCACCAGCCAUCGCCUCCAUCUUCGAACGCCUCUGCGCCGCACAAGCCCCGUCCGCCAGCGACGGGGGCGAGCGGACAGCCGCAGGCGGCGAAAAACAACAAGAUAUGGAGCACGAGCACGAGCGAGGAGCGGGAGCGCAUUAAGGAGUUCUGGCUCGGGCUCGGGGAGGACGACCGUCGGAGCCUGGUGAAAAUCGAGAAGGAGGCGGUGCUGAGGAAGAUGAAGGAGCAGCAGAAGCACAGUUGCAACUGCGCGGUCUGUGGCCGGAAGCGGAAUGCGAUAGAGGAUGAGCUCGAGGUACUGUACGAUGCUUAUUACGAGGAGCUAGAACAGUACGCGAAUUACCAGCAGCGAUACAUCUCCUCCGGUGGCACGCUUCCUCCCCCACAAGGCCCUGGACCGUUCCCGGGCAGCGUCGAGCUGGACAAGAAUGGCGUCGUCAUCAGUCCGCAUGGGCCGGCGAACGCCAACUCGAACGUGCUGCCGCGGGCCAAAAACGGGGUGGUGACCAACGGCAGGAAGCCGGCGAAGCAGCCGGAGAGCGAGUUUGAUGAAGACGAGGCGGAAGAGGAGGAGUAUGAGGAGGAGGAAGAAUACGAAGACGAGGAGGAGGAGGAAGAGGAGGAAGAGGAAGAGGACGACGGUGAGGCGGAGGACGAGGAGGAUGUCAAGCCGCAGCCGGAUCGUAGAACCGCACCACCCAAUCGCAGACGAGCCGCUGUACCCAACGGCGCGAAAACGAACGGGCGCGACAGCCUUGUCAAUUUCGGGAACAAUCUCACUGUGACGGGUGCAGGUAAUAUUCUAACGGUGGCCGACGAUCUACUAAAGAACGAUGGCCAGAAGUUCCUAGAGAUGAUGGAGCAGCUCGCGGAGCGUCGUAUGCAGCGGGAGGAGGAGGCUGCGGCGGACGUAGAAGAUGAUAGCGAAGAGGAAGAUGACGAGGAGGGAGAUGAGGACGAUGAGGACGAGGAAGAAGAGGAUGAAGAGGAGGAUGAAGAGGUGAUGACGGAAGAGCAGAAGAUGGAGGAGGGCAAGCGGAUGUUCUCCAUCUUCGCUGCGCGCAUGUUCGAACAGAGGGUGCUUCAGGCCUAUCGUGAAAAGGUCGCUCAGGAACGGCAGCUGCAGCUCCUUCGCGAGCUGGAGGAGGAGGACAAGUCCACCAAGGAAAAGGAAGCCAAGAAGCUGAACCAAAACCAGAAGAAAAAGGACAAGAAGCGGCAGCAGAAGCAGGCGAAGGAGGAGGAGCGAGCUGCGAAGGCAGCUGAGAAGGCUGCGGAGGAGGCGGUGCUGAAGGCAAAACAAGUGGCCGUCGAAGAAGAGCAGCGUAAAAGGCGGGAGGAAGAGCGAGCGCGGCGGGAGGCGCAGCGGAAGGUCCAGGAAGAAGAGAAGCAACGGAAGGAGGAAGAGCGGCGCAAGCGUCUAGCGGAGGAGAAAGAGCGCGAAGCAGAGCGGGAGCGCAAGCGCAAGGAGAAGGAGGAGCGAGCAAGGGCCGAGCGGAGGGAGAGGGAAGAGCGAGAACGCAAGGCCCGCGAGGAACGAGAAGCGAAACUCGCCGCUGAGCGCGCCGCAGCCGCAGCCGCUAAGCGUGAGCAGCAAGAGAAGGAGGAGCACGAGCGGAAGUUGGCCAAGGACCGCGAGGAGAAGGAGAGGGCCGAGCGAGAGAAGGUUGAGAAGGAGAAAGCUGACAAGGACGCCAAGGAACGUCACCAGCAGCAGCGUGCUAAUCCUGGCAGGAACGCACGUACUCCCACUUCCCCGCGCAACGCCCAUCCAUCUGGCUCAACGCAACGAUCUCCCAACCAUGCGGCUUCCGGUGGUAAGAAGAUCCUGAACAAAUCUGCUACUCCUACGCCAACUCCGGCUCCCCAGCCGCAACGCCCACCUCGUGUUACGGUGGUGACUACUCCUCAGCCACCUGUUACUCCCGCCACCCCUCAGCUGCCGACUCAUCUUCCCGCUCCUCCCACCACACCACUGUACUCUCCGGCGGCUGCAGUCAUCCCCCCUCCAGUGUUGUCACCAAGAGGUCCUUAUGUUCCUCAUGCUGGAUUUGUCGGUAUGGUUAGCAGUUCUUCCAUGCAGGGCGGUCCUCCACCACCUCUAGCGCCAUCAGCACUACCUCGGACAUUCGGCAGUGGGCCUCCUUACGACCCUGGCUUUGGUCGUGUGCUGGCCCCCCCUGCACCAAUUGCUCCUCCUUCCAGGGCUUCAGUGCAGAACCCGAUCACGUCGCCUUCACAGCUGCUCGCGCCUGGCUCCAGUCGUCUUCCGGCGGAUCCUGGUCCGAUCACUCGUCCCAUUGCCCCGAUCGCACGUCCUACGGGUGAGGCGUCGGGCUCUGGAUCAACGUCUCCAAGCCGCCGCUCGCCGAGUCCGAAGGGGACGCUGGGUUCGUCCGCCUUGAUUCCCGACGACGACGAGGUGAUUAGUGCUCCUGGUCGCCGGUCUGUAGCGCCUGGUCAGGGCUGGGGCAACGCGAGUCCCCGCAGUUCUGUGCCAGACAUGCGGGCGCCCUGGGGACCACCGGCUCCGCCUGGUUUUGUAUCUUCCCGUCCGCCACCGAUUGGGCCGUCGUUGUGGAGCGCGUCGAAUCCUGAGUGGCAUCCUUCGUCUGCUAGCUUCUUCGGUGCGCCUUAUUCUGCUCAUAACCCCUCUCCGCCUCCCCACACUGGUAGUUGA